AUGGUUUCUUCAACACGUUCAUUGAGCGCUGGAUCGCUGAUGCUCGCUUUGUUAUCUUCCCCCGUGGCCGCCACAACUUACUCGCUAGUGGAGAAUUGGCAGGGAAAGCACUUCCUGGAUUACUUCAAUUUCCACGUCGGUUCUGACCCGACCAACGGCUUCGUUAACUAUCUCGACAAGGAGACCGCCGAAAGUUCAGGCCUCGUCAAGGUCACCGACAGUGGUAGUGUGUAUCUGGGUGUCGACCAUGCUACUAAGCUGGACGGCAACGGCAAGAAGGGCCGUGAUUCGGUUCGUAUUGGCAGCAAGAAAUACUAUGACCAGUCCCUCGUCAUCGCCGAUAUCGCCCACAUGCCUGGUGGCGCCUGCGGUACCUGGCCUGCCUUCUGGUCCGUCGGAAAGAAUUGGCCUUCAGACGGUGAGAUUGAUAUCAUCGAAGGUGUCAACAUGGCGGAUCACAACGAAAUUGUUAUGCACACAGCCGGCACUUGCAGUGUGACAGAUACGGAUAUGACCGGUUCCGUCAACGCUACAGGGUGUGGUGCGGACCUAGGUACCGUCGGUUGCAAGAUCGAGGGUCACGAGGGGAGUUAUGGCACAUCUUUUAACAAACAAAAAGGUGGUGUGUAUACGCUGCAGUGGACCGACGAUUUCCUCAAGAUUUGGUUCUUCCCCCGAAGCUCGAUCCCGGCCUCGAUUACCAGCGGCAAGCCCGAUGUAACCGAAUUCGGUAAGCCGAUGGCCCUGGUGCAGGAAUCAUGCGACGUUGCCACCGCCUUCCAGCCCCAGUCGUUUACUUUUGAUACCACCUUCUGUGGAGACUGGGCAGGUGUUGUGUACGGUGAUUCUGGUUGCCCCAUGACCGGCGGCGAUUCCUUCCAGAGCUGCCACAACUACGUCGCCAACAACCCAGCUCAGUUCAAGGAGACUUACUGGGAAAUCAACUCUGUCAAGAUCUAUCAGACUGGUGUGAAGGGAAUUGCCCCAGUUUCAUCAUCCGAGUCCGAGCCGGCUACGACUGCUGCUGCUCCUGUUGUUUCGAAGACAACUGCUGAGACCCACGCUGAUCACACUACUACUGCUACUGCUGUGCACUCAGUUGCUUCCAAGGAAGAUAAAACCGCUGGAGCAGUCCAGGAACUUACGACUGCGUCUGUUCCUGUGGUUUCGAAGACAACUGCUGAGACCCACGCUACUCACACUACUACUGCUACUGCUGUGCACUCAGUUGCUUCCAAGGAAGAUAAAACAGCUGGAGCAGUCCAGGAACUUACGACUGCGUCUGUUCCUACUGUUGCAGCUACUGCCGAAAGCUCUGCUACCGAAGCCGUCGAACAGCCUUCUGGCAAGAAGACUCGCACAAUCACCUCUAUAGUCACUGCAACUGAGACCGUCUGUCCCGAGGACGAAAAGUCCUCCGCUAUUGCCGCGCACUCCUCCGUGUCAGCCACAGCCACCGCUCCAGCUGUGCAAUCUGUCCAAGUCCCAGCCCACGGCAAAGAUCCGGAGGCACGCACUUCUGCCUCUCCUGUGGUCCCCUUGAGCGUCGCAUCUACCCCAGCUGGUCACGGUCACGGUCACAGUCACGGUCACACGCACUCGAAGCAUACAUCCAUUCCUGUCGCUACGUCCGUCGCCACUGAGAGCUUCGGUGGUUCAUGGAAGCCUUCUGCGAUCCCCUCUGCCGUUGUCUCCGACGUUCCUUACGAGCCCUCCAAGUCCCUGAUCCCUGCCACUACCGAUGCCUCCGCGCAGCAGCCUACAUCGGCUACAUCUGCCUUCUAUGUUCCUACCGGCUCUGAAUCCGGAGCCAGCCCUGUCUUUACCGGUGCCGCUGAUCGUUUGUCCAUGAGCACCUCGGCUCUCUUCCUUGGAGUCGUUGUCGCCUUCUUGGCUUAG